ACAGAAAUCUUUGCGACUAUUAUAUUCGUAAAAUCAGGCUGCAAUAGCUGCGCAAGAUUUUCUAAUUGAAUUUAAUGCCAAAUGUUUAAUGUUCAUUUAUUUUGCAAAUUGCACAUGACAUGCAAUAGCGACAACAACAACAUUAGCUUGAUGACAAUGUCAAGUGCGAAUAGCUAAAAAUGGAUUUGUAUCGGCAAGCCUGAAGUGGAGAAUAGCCUGUAAUAAGACGUAAGCAUAAAAUUUAUGGUACGACACACAAUUAGGCUUACCCCUUGGAGUGCUUGCAAUUAUUACAGGGUAUAAUUAGCUGGUUCGUUGUAAACAACACGCACAUUCAAAUGCAACAGAUAAAUAAUUGACGCUUGGUCUGUUCCCAACGAUUAACUUGCAUUUCUAUCAAAUUCAGAGUAACUACGACCGAUAAAACACGUAAAGUUGGAUCUCAGAGAUGCCGUCAAAGCUAGGGAAUUCGACGGCCGCGCAAGUGACCGCCUUAAAGGGCGUGGCACGGAAUAGCAGCUAUGUCAUACCAGGACUAUACGAUCUUUCAGUAGAGGACACCAAUUGGGUGCUGACCUCGUCGUUCAUAAUCUUCACAAUGCAAACUGGCUUUGGCAUGUUGGAAUCCGGCUGUGUGUCUAUUAAAAAUGAGGUCAACAUUAUGAUGAAGAAUGUCAUUGACAUUGUGCUAGGUGGAUUUACUUAUUGGCUCUUUGGCUAUGGCAUGAGCUUUGGACGUGGACCUCUUUCAAAUCCCUUCAUGGCUAUUGGUGACUUUUUGCUCGAUCCGCCCGUUGGCGAUGAACUGAUGGGACAGAUAUUUGCAGCCUUUCUCUUUCAACUAUCAUUUGCCACUACGUCCACAACGAUUGUCAGCGGCGCCAUGGCAGAACGCUGCAACUUCAAGGCAUACUGCGUCUUCUCUCUGCUCAAUACGGUAGUCUAUUGCAUACCCGCAGGCUGGGUAUGGGGUGAGCAUGGGUUCCUCAAUAAUCUAGGUGCCGUGGACAUAGCUGGUAGUGGUCCAGUGCAUCUUAUAGGAGGCGCAGCAUCGUUUGCCUCGGCUGCCAUGCUGGGACCUCGACUGGGCCGCUAUGCCGAGGGCUACGAUCCAUUGCCGUUAGGCAAUCCGGUUAAUGCGUGCAUGGGACUCUUUGUGCUCUGGUGGGGCUGGCUGGCGUUCAAUUCGGGCAGCACCUACGGUGUCAGCGGUGCUAAAUGGCAGUAUGCGGCACGUGCAGCGGUCAUGACCAUGAUGGGCUCCUUUGGCGGCGGAUUCGUGAGUUCCAUCUACUCCUUUUGGCGGCACGAUGGACGUAUGGAUAUCAUGGAUCUGAUCAAUGGCAUCUUGGGUUCGCUGGUUUCCAUCACUGCUGGCUGUUUCUUGUAUCGUGCCUGGGAGGCUCUCAUUAUUGGUGCAAUGGGAGCUCUGCUCUGUGUGCUGGCAAUGCCGCUGUUCGAUCGGAUGGGCGUCGAUGAUCCAGUGGGAGCCAGUGCAGUGCAUGGUGUGUGUGGCAUCUGGGGUGUUAUUGCCGUUGGCUUGUUUGCCGACAAUCCGGUGCCCAUGGACACCACGAAGGGACGCAGUGGUCUGUUCAAGGGCGGCGGAUGGUAUCUGCUGGGCAUUCAAACGCUGUCCGCCUUCUGCUUGGCCUGCUGGGGUAUUUGCUCCACCUUUCUGCUUCUUUACGUGAUCAAUAAGGUUAUUCCCAUACGCAUGGAUCCGCAUGAGGAGUUGCUGGGCGCCGAUCUAACUGAGCAUCGCAUUCGUCACACCCAAAUAGGUUUAUCCCGUGCUAUUUCCGCUCUCGCCCCAAUCAAGGUUGAUCUCAAUGAGAUUGCUGGCGUUCAACCCAUUGGCCUUAAUCCCGGGCACGAGCGAAGCAUUGAACAACUUCGCGCUGCCGAGGAUAAGCUGCAGCAGUGGCAAUCCUAUCUGGAGCAAGUAAGUGGCAAUAAUAAAAAGGUGGCAUCGCCAAUGCGAACACUGGAGCAACGACAGCUGGAUUCGGAUAUUGCAUUCAAUUUGAAAUCGGCCAAUGCCGGCGAGAAACACCAGGAGCUCGAUAAUGUCUUUGGACGCCGGGUAAAGUCAGUGCGUGCUCGACGAGAAAUAUGGACAAGAGAUCAAGGCACCUAUAAGCCCAACAACAGCGAGCUGCCUGUGAUAAAUCACAUUGCAAAGCUGGACAAGGACGGAAACUUUGCUUGGGUGGAUUAGGAAGUAAAUAAAGACUUCAGACACAAAAAUUCUUCUAAAGUUUCAAAACUAUAGAAUGAAGAUUAUUUAGAAAUAUAACAAAACGCAGCAAGGAAAUAAAUUAAUUUUAAAACAAUGCAUAAUUAAAUAGUAUGAUUAAAUAAAACAAGAGCAAAUGUUAAGAUAUUAAAUAUCUAAAAUUUAUGUUAUUAAACAAUGAAAAUAUUGAAUAAAUUCCUCACA